AUGGGCGCGUUAGUAUCGCUACCAAUCACGUCUGCUGCCACGUUUCUGUCAUCAUGUUUUGGUGCAUCAUUUGCUGCAGCUUUGAGCUCGACCUUUAGGAGUGUCAGCGGAACGUCGUCUUCGUUUGCGACCCGGCUAUUGUACGCAGUAUGGCUGCUGUUUAACUCAGUCGUAUCGUGGAUAUCUAUGUCGUCGAAUCACACUCUGCUCUGGCCCGGACAGACGUGCACGUCGACAGGGGAAUGCGGGUUUUUUAGUGUACACAGACUGAACUUCGCUUUGGGUAUGAUGCAUCUCCUGCUAGCUGGCGUUUUGGUUGGAGUAAAAUCGACCAAGAACCCGCGUGCACAGCUGCAGAACAGUUGGUGGUGGCUGAAGGUGGCAGCGUACGUGGGGCUGGUUGUGGCGGCGUUUAGGAUACCAAAUGACUUCUACCUUACAUUGUCACAGUGGGUCAGCGUGCCCAGCGGUGCGCUCUUCAUUCUAAUAGGUCUGGUGCUGCUGGUUGACUUUGCACACGAAUGGGCAGAGGUCUGUAUACAGCAUGUGGAGGAAGAAGAUGAACACUCAACUUUCUGGCAGCGUUUCCUAGUGGUCGGAACUGGUGCGCUAUAUCUCGUGACAAUCCUCAUGAAUGUGGCCAUGAUUGUCCUCUUCUGCAGAGAAUCAUGCAACAUGAAUAUUGUUGCUGUGGCCUUGAACAUCGUAUUCACAAUAUUGACGACAGCUGCGUCCCUGAACUCUAGGAUCCAGGAAUUUAACCCGAGGUGCGGGCUUGCCCAAAGUUCUAUGGUCGCCACAUACUGCACGUACCUCACUAUGAGUGCCAUGGCGUCUGAGCCCGACGACAAACUAUGCAAUCCUCUAGUGCGCUCCAGUGGAACACGAAGGUUCUCAGUUGUGCUGGGAGCGUUGUUUACCUUCAUUGCGAUCGCUUACACUACGACUCGAGCCGCGGCAAACUCCGCUUUCCAAGCAUCUAACAGCGGAAGGGUGCACCUACCUGCGGAUGAUUAUAUCGAGUACGAUGGCGUGAGCGGUACCAGAAGUCAGUUACGUCAAGAAGCCCUGCGGCAGGCCGUCUUGGAGGGUUCUCUCCCAGAGGCUGUACUUUAUGAAAACCCGUGGGCCCGCGGACACGGCGAUGAUGCAAGCGAGACUGAUAGCGCUAUGGAUGAUGAGCGCCAUGCGGCGAAGUAUAACUACUCCCUAUUCCAUUUGAUAUUUUUCUUGGCCACGCAGUGGAUUGCCAUUCUUCUUACGAUUAAUGUUACUCAGGAUGAAGUUGGCGACUUCAUACCGGUAGGACGCACAUAUUUUUACUCCUGGGUUAAAAUAGUGAGUGCGUGGAUAUGCUAUUUGCUAUAUGGAUGGACCUUGGUUGCCCCGAUGCUUCUGCCAGAGAGGUUCGGCACAGAUUUAUAUUAA